AUGGCACGUCUACGUAAACCGAGCCCAAACGAACCAACCAUUUUUAUGCCCCCCACAGAAGCGAGAGCGACGCGUGCAAGUCCCCGGAAAGCCACUCUACAAUAUGCAUCAUCACAAGACGAUGAAAGCUUGGUGCUGGUUCCAAAGAGCUCGAGGCGCACAGCACGCGGUGACAGCUUUGCCGACGACACAGAGCAGUCGUUUCGCAUGCCUAAGACAGCGACACCCAAAGAUGCGCUUACUCCACGAAAGCAACGAGUAUUGCGACCGGUAGAAAGUAACAGCCGCCUACUCAGGAAACUGAGUGACGAGAGCUUAGCGAGCCCGGAAAAGAAGAAGCGGGAGAGGAGAGUCCGAAGCGGGACAACAGAUGUCGAUGUGGAAAGGAGGGACAGGCUCAUGUACGCGAAAAGCCUUGCCAAGAGUGUAGUCAACAAGCAGACACGCAAGCCUACAAUUCAAGUUGUAGCAGAGGCAGAAGUACAAGUGGCUGCUGAACGGUCGCGGGGCCGGGGACAAGAGCCAAAGGAGCAGGCUGUCGAAGCUGAGGAAGACGAGGAAGUUGAGGAGGCUGAGACAAGUCUGUGGUGUGGCGAUGAGGAAGCGGAAACUCAGCGAGAAGUUGCUGAGCCAGUCGCAGAUAAUAGCGAUGAUACAGAAGAUGAAGACGCGAUUGUGGAUACCAGGAACCGACGGCGACAACCACGUGCCCGGCGCGUAGUGUCCGACAGCGAAGAGGAAGAGGGUGAUAUGAGCGACUUGCAAGCCGCUGCUCAUCCUCGCAAACCAUCGUUCAAGAUUCCUGAGCUCAAACCAACAGCGCCGGUCCAAGAGCCAGCGAACCUAACGUCCAUGCGCCCACCGCACAGAAAAGGCCACAGUACCAUAUCGAAUUGGGCGCAGGAAGUCAUUGACCUUUCGGAUUCGCCAGAGGCACCAGCAUCUUUCGUCCUUCCACAACCGACCCACGUCCGGUCAAGUUCUUUCGCAGCAUCAUCUCGCCCUACCAGCUCAGCAUCCAAUGCUCCCUUAGCCAUACUUACAUAUUCGCCAACGCCUACCAAGAAACGCUCGCCACGCAAAGCACCGCCUGUUUCGAGACCAGGAACACCCCCACUGGCUCCCCCUGGCCCAACUAAACUUGUAUCGCCUUCCAAAAAGAAGUCUGCCAUUCCGAAAGCUGCUGACAUAGACGGAAGACCCAGCCUGGAUGCUUUCUGGAAUCCUGCAGCUGUGAAUGAUUGGACCGACCGCCACUCACCGACCAAACCCAUCGUCUCUCCAAAGAAGCAGAAAUGGAGGGAGGAUAUCGUCAAGAUGAUGGAAGGUGUAGCCCUAGAAGACAGCAGCGAUGAAGGAUACGAAAGCCCUACAGUCAGCCCCAAGAAAAAGCCAACCAGUCGCGGUCCAGUCAAGAAGAAGGCACCUGAGAUUACAGCAACGCCGAACAUCAAGCAAAUCCGCGAACAACGCAAAGCUUUCGCCGAGAGAAAACACGCCAUAGCUGAGGCCUUCUUAGUCGAAUUAGAUAACAAAAUUUCCGACGGUCGCAUCCACGAACUUUCCAAACCUACAGGUGGCAUCAAGCUAGUGUGGUCCAAAACUCUCAAAACAACAGCCGGUCGAGCAAAUUGGCGUAGAGAGCAAAUCCGCAUUCGAACCGGCCCAUUACCCACCGAUACGCGUGUUGAAAUCCGGCACCACUGCUCUAUUGAACUCGCGGAAAAAGUAAUCGACGACGAGGAACGCUUGUACAAUGUCCUCGCGCACGAAUUCUGUCAUCUCACAACCUUUAUGAUUAGUGAAGUGCGCAACAAUCCGCACGGCGCAGAGUUCAAAUCGUGGGGCCGCAAGGCCACUGCCGCCUUCACAAAUCAAGGCGUUGAAGUCACGACCAAGCACUCGUAUCAAAUCGAAUACAAGUACGUCUGGGAAUGCAUUGCUUGCGGCUACGAGUUCAAGCGCCAUUCGAAAUCUGUGGAUCCCGCACGCCAUUCCUGCGGCAAGUGUAAGGGGAGACUUGCUCAGACGAAACCUACGCCGCGUGGUGUAGGCGCCGGUGCCGCUGUGGGCAAGGAUGGAAAGAGGGAGAAGAGCGAGUACCAGGUUUUCGUCAAGGAGAACUUUGCAAGGGUGAAGAAGGACUUGGAGUUGGAGGGUAAGGAUGCACAAAUGGGGAAGGUGAUGGAGGCGCUAGGCAAGGAGUAUAGGGCGAGGAAUGGGGUGAAAGGGACAGAGAAGGAGAAGGUUGUCAUUGAUUUGGAAGAGGCGUUGGGAGAGUUGAAGAUUUAG